AUGGAGGAGCAAAAGAUUUUUGUUGGUCAAGAGUUUCCUGAUGUCAAGGCCUUCCGCAGUGCAAUUAAAGAGGCUGCUAUUGCACAACAUUUUGAGCUUCGCAUAGUAAAAAGUGACCUGAUUCGCUACAUUGCAAAAUGUGCCUCAGAAGGUUGUCCGUGGCGUAUUCGUGCUAUUAAGCUUCCCAAUGUUCCUACCUUUACUAUAAGAAGCCUUGAGGGGACACAUACCUGUGGGAAAAAUGCAAAUGGACAUCAUCUGGCUUCUGUUGACUGGAUAGUGAACUUCAUAGAGGAGCGUUUGCGUGAUAACAUAAAUUACAAGCCAAAAGACAUUUUGCAUGAUAUUUAUCAGCAGUAUGGGAUAACUAUACCAUAUAAGCAAGCCUGGAGGGCCAAGGAAAGAGGGCUGCAAGCUAUAUAUGGAUCUUCAGAAGAAGGGUACUGUCUAUUACCUGCAUAUGGUGAGCAAAUCAAGAAGACAAAUCCUGGAAGUCAUGCUGAGGUUUUUACAGCUGGUUCAGAUAGUCGGUUUCAGAGGUUUUUCAUCGCUUUUUAUGCUUCUCUUCAUGGGUUCCUGAAUGGUUGCUUGCCUGUUAUUUCUCUUGGCGCUAUCCAGCUUAAGAGCAAAUACUUGGGUACUUUACUAUCAGCAACUUCUUUUGAUGCUGAUGGUGGAGUAUUUCCCCUUGCUUUUGGUGUUGUCGAUGAAGAAAAUGAUGAUAGCUGGAUGUGGUUCGUGUUGGAGUUGCGGAAAGCAUUCGAAAUGAGCACUGAGAAUAUACCACGAUUUACAUUUCUGUCUGAUGGACAGAAAAGUAUUGCAGAUGCUGUGAAAAGGAAUUUUUCCUCUUCUUGUCAUGCAAUUUGUAUGCAGUAUCUGAGUGAAAGCAUCAGUAAAGAGUUCAAGAAUUCAAGGCUUGUACAACUCCUGUGGAAAGCCGCAUAUUCUACGUCCACAACGGUGUUUAAAGAGAAAAUGGCUGAAAUUGAGGAGGUUUCUUCAGAUGCAGCGACUUGGAUUCAACAGUAUCCUCCUUCACGCUGGGCAUUAAUACAUUUUGACGGAACAAGAUAUGGUCAUUUCUCUUCAAAUAUUAAUGAGUUCAAUAGAUGGAUUCUUGAAGCACGAGAGCUUCCUAUUAUUCAGGUGAUUAAACGUAUUCACUGUAAGUUGAUGGAAGAGUUUCAGCUCCGGCGAUCAAGGAGUAGUACAUGGAGUUCUACCCUUGCUCCAUCUGCUGAGAAACGCAUUAUGGAAGCAAGAAGUCAUGCGUCCACGUAUCAAGUGCUAAGGUCAGAUGAAGUUGAAUUUGAAGUUAUCUCAGCAGAGUGGUCCCACAUUGUGAAUACAGGUACUCGAUCUUGUUCCUGUCGGGAUUGGCAGUUGUAUCGGGUACCUUGUUCUCAUGCUGUUGCUGCUCUAAUAUCAUGUAAAAAGGAUGUGUAUGCCUUUACAGAGAAAUAUUUCACUGCAGCUAGUUAUCGCGAGAGUUAUAGUAAAGAGAUACACCCUAUCCCUGAUAAACUUGAAUGGUCAAGAACCCGACUAGUCCGACCACCCAAGUUUCGUCGACCGCCUGGACGACCCGAGAAGAAGCGGUUAUGUGUGGAAGAUCUUAAUCGUGAGAAGCACACUGUCCGUUGUAGUAAGUGCAAUCGAACUGGACAUUACAAGACAACCUGCAAAGUAGAGGUGGAUAAUGGGGCCGUCCCUCUAUCCUUCUCCGCAUAG